CUCGGGAGGCGGAGGCAGGCAGAUCUCUGUGAGUUCGAGGCCAGGCUGGUCCAACAGCCUCCAAAACUAAAUUCUACUUUUAGUUUUCACUAGCUGUGUGACCUUGUGACCUUGGACACUUUCCAUAACUGUAACAGGAUGGCAGACUCCUCUGUGAGACUAUUAUGAAGAUUAAAAGAUUGAACACCACGUGAGUUGACCCCAGCUUGUCUAAGCCUGCUUGGGUUUUCGUGCAAUUGUUCAGACUAAGAACUUUCAAACUGAGUUUAUAAUGAGGCAAUUAACACUUGGAUGGACCACCAUUUUCCUUAUCUGGACAACUACAUGAUUACUGACAUCACCCCCCCACCACCACAAGCAUUAAAAACUUGUCUGAACAGGGCAUCCAGAGUCAGCGGAUAGCUGCUGCGCUAACAAAAUGGCGUCUGUGAACAAGAACAUCAAUGCGAGCAGGAACAGGGUGAGCAGGAAGCAGCUCCUGGAGGAGUUAAACGAGAGGCGAGAGUCCCACUGUCUGGUGGAGAGGAGCAAUCAAGUGAGCUUCCUGCGCGUCCAGAAGCGGCACUUCAACCAGGACGGCCAGCCCUUAGAUAGCACGCACGUCAGAGCGUCCGCUCCUGAGAGCAGCAGGGCCUCCUGGGUCGAACGGGACCUCUCUGUUCACAAGGAGAGAAGGCACUUCCCACCAAAAAAUAAUGCCAUAUUUGGAUAAAGUACAAGUCCAGAGACACACAAAUAAAUUCUCCUCCAUCAGUCUCCAAUGUCUGUGAAUUAUUUAGAAACAGCUGCCAAUAAAAGAAACUGGCCUGGUGA